CACACAAAAAUAAUAAACCAGAAAUUAUGUUUUUUUUCCCCCUUCGCAGUGGCUCCAAAUAUAAGGGAAAGCACAGUAGGGGUAGCAUGGUAGGGAAAGUAUGGUAGUAAGAGAGAGAAAAGGAUCUGGAUUAGGGACACAGACAACUGUAAUGGAGAACGAGGAGUAUGGUAGAUAGUUCUGGAGCCUAAGAGUUUAAAUAAACUGCAUGUCAGGACCAGAAGGCUCCUUCAAAAUGGAACCAGAGACUGAUAUGGUGUUGGUAGUGAUCUUUCUCAGCAUUGUGACCCUGAUCACUGCCUUAAUGAACAGUGCAGUCAUAUUGACGAUCAUUAACACAAAAAAACUCCACCUGCCCGCCAACUACCUGAUCUGCUCUCUGGCUGUCACUGACUUCCUGGUGGCCAUCUUGGUGAUGCCCCUUAGCGUCCUCUACAUCGCCACAAAGAAGUGGCUGCUGGGAUGUGUCGUCUGUGAGGCAUGGCUGAGCGUGGACAUGACCUGCUGCACCUGCUCCAUCCUGCAUCUGUGUGCCAUCGCACUGGACCGCCACUGGGCCAUCACCAACGCCCUGGAGUACGCCUGCAAGAGAACCCCGUGCCACGUCGCCAUCAUGGUUACCAUCGCGUGGACCAUCUCUGUCCUCAUUUCAGUGCCGCCUCUGUUACGGAGGCACAGCGGGGAUGACAACUUCGGCAAUUACACCAAGUGUCUCAUCGAGCAUGACCACAUCGGCUACACCAUCUACUCCACCUUUGGGGCCUUCUACAUCCCAAUGGCCAUCAUCCUCAUCCUCUACUACCGGAUCUUCAUCGCAGCCCGGACCUUGUACCAGAAACGGAGCUCCUCGGGAGCCCACUGUAAGAGGAGAGCCAGCAGCCACAACUGCCUCAGUAGCUGCCGUGUCACACCAACGUCUCUCUGUGCGUCUGAGCAGUCUGCCUCGGACCCCGUGCUAAACACAGAGCUAAAUAUACUCAAUGGCCCCAACCUGCAUAAGUCAGACAGUGGGGGACCGGGGGGGACCUGUGAUGAGAGGACCCAGAUCUGUGCCUCCAGAGAGAGGAAGGCUGCCCGCACACUGGGCCUCAUCCUGGGGGCUUUUAUCCUAUGCUGGCUGCCUUUCUUUGUUAAGGAGUUACUGGUGGGCCUCCGGGUGUUUCAUGCAUCAGCACAGGUGUCAGACUUUCUCACGUGGCUGGGAUACGUUAACUCACUCAUCAACCCCCUGCUCUACACUAGCUUCAAUGAGGACUUCAAGCAGGCCUUUAAGAAACUGCUCCGAUGUAAAGAGUGCAAAUAGGACUGCUUUCUUGGAUAUGUCUGGGCUGAUUGUUGAUUGGCUGUAAACAAUAUAUUAAAGAAGCCAUAUGUUUUUAUACAUGAAGAAUAAAUUUUCUUUUGGAAUAAAAGCUGGUUUCAUUCUA